UUUCUGUGUUUGUUGAACGAGACGAGGAAAAACUGCGAUAAGAUUGUGACGUAACGAAAGCUUGUGACGUAAGUGAAAAUGCGGAUAGAAAAAGAAUCGGUAGAGAAAUUUUAACCGGGAUCAAGUCUUACUACAGACGUACCGUAACCAAUGACCCAUACAUACAGUGUGGGCAACGAAUGCUCGUUAGAUACGUUGGCGGGUUAAAAAAUUUUUGAAAUUUUUUUCAACUUUAUACUUUUCUUUUGGAAUUUGACAUGUCUAAUAAAAGUGGUGCGCAUCGUGAGAAAAGGGUAAAUUUUUUAAUCAAUUUAAUUUAUAAGGGCUGACCGUGACGUCACGCGGCGGGUUGUUAUCCGCGAGGCGACAGAACGUCGCCGCGAUAUUGGCGAACGUACCGACGCAUGCGUACUCGCCAACUUUUGUUCGUCCAAAUUUUUUGGAAUCUUGACAACAAACCGUCCGCUACGGUUCCGCUCACGUAAACCAGUCAGAGAAUCCCGAAACGCCAAUAAUCACUGCGGUACACCACUUGCAUGCAGUACAAACAGUAUAUACUAUUUUGUGUAACGCGACAUCUGCGAAUUGCAGCCAACCACGUAGCGCCAAUCCUCGUGCCAAUUUGACAGUGUGAUUAUCAGUGGACACGAGCGAAAUUCUGGAAAUCAGUGAUCCUAUAAGAACAAUGGAACAAGGAAAGGAUACAAAACCAGACGGAAAAGACGCCCCCGCAGAUUCAGCAGUUUCUGAGAGCAUAGGGGUCGAACGCCUUGAUAUCUUACUGGACGAUCCGCAAGCUGUUUACUAUGGCGGACAACCAGUCACCGGAAAAGUCUACCUGACACUGAAGUCUCCGAUCGGCGCCAUAGGUCUCAGACUGAAGUACAAGGGCGAGUCUCAGGUGUACUUUACGGAUCGGUCGGCUGGUAUCCGCCGGAAGUUCAGGGCGGAGGAAAAUUAUUUUCACGAAGAAACGUAUCUCGUAGGGGACGGAUCCAACAAAACUAACAUUGCUUCCGGGACGUACAGCUUUCAAUUUAUACUACCUGAAGACAUACCAUGCAGCUUCGAGGGUCGGUAUGGUAGAGUUCGUUAUUCCAUCCGUGCCAUGUUGGAUGUAACGACCAUUCUCAGGUUGUCAACGAAUAUCCUACCGUUCACAGUCGCAUCCAUAUUGAAUCUGAAUCGCGACCCAGUGGCUCCGCUGCCACUUCGAGAAACCUGUUCAAAGACAUUUAUGGGUCAGACGGAACCUUUGAACAUGUCUGUAUCUCUUCCCGUGCGUGGUUACGUACCUGGUCAGGUCAUCCCGGUGGACGUAGCAGUAAAAAACACGUCCCAGGUGGGAGUCAAGAAGAUGCGGACAGUUUUGAAAAAGGUCGUCAGUUAUCACGCGACUGAGAAGACUCGCAAGCAUAAGGAGAUCAUCGUUGAGAUAAUACAGCCGAUUGAUCCUGGAAUUGAGACUUAUGCAAUUCCAAUAGACGUUCCUGCCAUAUCACCUACGGGGAUGAUUCACUGCAGUAUCAUUGAUGUCCGUUACACGCUCAAAGUAGAGGCCUGUGUCGAUAUCAGUGAAUGGUACUAUAGGCUGUUGCAAAAGAAUCUGAAAUUUCGAACUGACAUAGUAAUCGGUACUGUACCAUUGGAUCAUUAUCAGAAUCCAAUAGAGUCCGAGGAACCAAUGGCAGCUGGUAGUGAGAAUUUUGAAAAUUCAACGAUCGACUCUAAUCAAGCUGAAACUGUGAAAUUUGAUGGUCGUUUGACUUACGAGAGGAGUCGUGUAUAUCGAUCCUCGAAGCCUGAUGCGGAUGAUCCGACCGGGGACGAGGGAGACAGCGACGGAGAAGUAAAACCGUAUUUACCGAUGUACCGGGUGUACAAAUUCGAAGCUGAUGAAAGGAAGAAUCGAUUAGCGAAUUAAUCGAACGCGACUGAUUAAAUUGAUCGAAUAUUAAGAAAGGCUAAAAUCUAUCGUACGCAAUGUAUCCAUACGUCGCUAAAUAUCUUAACCAUUUUGCUUGGAAAGUACAAAUCGCGCAAAUAAAAAAUUUCGCUCGUUCGAUAAAAUAUUAAAAAGCUCGACGUACAGUGUAAAAAAAGAAAGUCGAAUUACAAUGCUUGGAUUAUCACUGGCUAAAAUUAACUUUGUUUACGUGUACAUA